AUGGAUACCAAGUCCGAUGUCAAUCACGUCGAGCAUCUCGAAAGGGAUUCCCUCGACGUGAUCCAGGUCUCCAAGUCAAAGGUCGAAAUCAGCGGCACAGUCAAGCUCACUGAGGGCAGGACUGUCUUCAUCCCAACCCCUACCGCUGACCCCAGAGACCCCCUGAACAUGAAGAUGUGGCAAAAGGCCACUGUCCUCAUCAUCAUCUCGCUCUUCUCGACAAUUGGUCUGGCAUUGGUAUCAGGAUUUGGAGGCCUUCUGGGUUUCUACAUCCCAGCCUAUUCAGCUGCUGGCAAGGGCUAUGCCGACAUCACGCACUUGAUGACUUAUCCCACACUCUUUAUGGGUAUCGGAAACUUGAUCGGAAUGCCCAUCGGUAUCGCAGUCGGUCGACGAAUCGUUCUCAUCGCAGCUACAAUCAUCAUGAUAAUGAGCGCUGGCUUGUGCGCUGGUGCGACCAACUAUGAGUGGCAUCUCGCAGGACGUGUUAUUCUUGGACUGUCUGCUGGACAAAGUGAGGCUCUAGUGCCCAUGAUCACACAGGAAAUCUUUUUCCUCCACGAGAGAGGCCGAUGCAUGAUGAUCCAACAGACCAUCCAGACUAUCGCUACAGCCGUCUUUGUGAUCUUCGCCGGUCCCAUCGCGGAAGCUAUCUCUCCCGGGUGGUGGUACGGCCUCGGCGCCAUUCUGUCAGCCGUCUGCUUGAUCCUGACCUUUUUCUUCGUCCCUGAGACCAAGUACUACCGCCCCAGCUCAUCCUACCAAGCCAGUAGUGGCUCCGAUGAUGAGGCAACUGUCAUCCUCUGCACAGAGCGCCCUGAGCUUGAUUACGUUAACUUUGCUCCCCGAACUUGGCGAUCUGACCUGCGACUCUGGGUCGGCGAACCUGAGUGGAACAAGGUUGUGGAGAUCUUUACGCAAACCUUUAGUCUUAUGCUCUUCCCCAAUGUCAUGUGGGCCUUGCUUUUGAACGGUCUUACCCUUGGUGUGAACAUCGCCAUCGGUACUACUUACGGUCACAUCGUCACAAGCCCUCCCUACAACUGGCCCCAGUCUUCAGCUAGUUAUGUCAACGCUGGCCAAAUAGUCACGUCUCUGGUCGCCCUGCCUUGCUUUGGCUAUGGAUCUGACAUGCUGAUCAAGUGGUUUGCCAACCGUCGCAACGGAAUGCAUGAGCCUGAGGUUCGCAUCAUCCCUCUCGCUUUCCCCAUCAUCGUUGGUGUCUUCACGGCAGUGCUAUAUGGCAUGGGUGCCACCCACCCUGAGAACUACCAUUGGUUUGUUUUUGUUUGGGCAGUUGCCGCUUAUUACUUUGCCUUUGUUGGAGCCAAUAUCGUUGCUAUCACGUAUCUUCUGGACAGCUACCCUCAGCGUGCUGGUCCUCUGCUUGUUAUCAUCUGUGCAAUGCGCGGUGUCAUGUCAUUUGGCGUUUCCUACGGCAUCUCUCCUUUCAUUGACAGAAACGGCUACGACGGUGCCUUUGCCGUCUUUGGUGGCUUGACUGGAGCGUUUGGUGUUAUUGGUGUCUUUAUCUUCAUCUGGGGCAAGAAGAUCCGACAGUUCACUGGACGUUGGGCAAUGGAUAAGCCCAAGAGCGAUUAG